AUGCUGAGUCACGAUGACGCCGAGGAAAACUGUUGUCCGAGGGUCAGCAACCGUAACCGGCAUCGGCGGCUUUCCGCACUUGAUCCUCGCGUGGUACCCGACCAAGUUGAGGUUGGUGAGAGGAGCAGCAUUGAUGACAAAUCAACGAGUGAGGCAUGGUGUUCUUCGUCCCCUUGUUCGGAGGAGUACUGUCUUUCAACAAGUGGACCUCUGUAUGCAGCAGAACAGAAAAAACCGGUGAGGUUCCGAAGAGGCAAACGCGCAACGGCAGUUGGCAGCAACGGAGAUGCUCUCUACGAAGGCUCCCAUUCCGUCGCUGCACCGCCAUCGCGCAGUCGAUGGCGGAUGGUCGGCCUGUAA